ACAGCAGCACUCUUUUUUUUUGUUUUUUCUUCUCUUUCAACCAAUAUCUCCCCCUCCAUCGUUGUACUCUCCUGAAAUAAUCUAUCUCCAUCUGGCCGCUGUAUUUCCACUCUACUGCUGCAAGCACCCCAACGCCUCUCUUCUUCAUUCUACACACAUUACCCGCAUCUACUCCACCAGCCUGUUGCUGCUAACCUCUGGUCUACCUCCUCCUCCUCCUCCUCCUCCUCUUCUUCUUCUUCUUCUAACAAAUUUUAAAAAGCCUAAUUAAAACCACCCCCACCUUCUCCCUUUUGUGUUUGUGUAUUUAAAGUGAAAGGCAAAGAGCAGAACAAUAAUGGAUCCUUGCCCUUUCGUGCGCUUAACAGUAGGAAAUCUGGCUUUAAAAAUCCCUGUCGCUUCAAAACCUGCACGCUCUGUGGUUCACCCAUCAUCUUCUCCUUGUUUUUGCAAAAUCAAGCUCAAAAACUUCCCUCUUCAAACGGCUGUCAUUCCUUACAUUCCUUCUCAAUUUCCUGAAGGUCAGCUCCAAACUGUAGCUGCCACUUUCCACCUAAGCAAGUCUGAUCUCGACCGGCUCGUUGCCAAAUCUAUUUUCACCAACAAACUCCAGCUCAAAAUCUCUCUCUAUACUGGCCGCCUCGGCACUACUUGUGGAGUUAACUCUGGGAGGUUGUUAGGGAAAGUUUCUGUACCUUUGGAUCUGGCGGGAACGGAAUCUAGAGGUGUUACGUUUCAUAAUGGAUGGAUUUCCAUUGGAAAAGAGAGUGUAAAGAGUUCCUCUGCUGUAUUUCAUUUGAAUGUUAAAGCUGAGCCUGAUCCAAGGUUUGUUUUUCAAUUUGACGGAGAACCUGAGUGCAGUCCCCAAGUGUUUCAGAUCCGAGGCAAUAUCAGGCAACCUGUUUUUACUUGCAAAUUCAGCCUUAGAACCACCGGUGGUGGUGACCGCAAUCGGAGAUCCAUAUCAUUGCAAGAGGAGCCCAGCAGCUCAAGGAGCUGGGUAAGUUCAUUUGGUAGCGAAAGAGAGAGACCACUGAAAGAAAGAAAAGGCUGGUCAAUAACAGUCCAUGACUUAUCCGGCUCACCAGUUGCCGCAGCUUCAAUGGUUACUCCAUUCGUACCUUCACGUGGUUCAGACAGAGUAAGCCGCUCGAACCCUGGUUCAUGGCUCAUCCUCCGCCCUGGAGCUGGUACAUGGAAACCAUGGGGCCGGCUGGAGUCUUGGCGCGAGCGCAGCUCGUCUGAUGGACUUGGCUACCGUUUUGAACUCAUCCCUGACACAAACGGCACUAUGAGCGCAGCCAGUAUUCUAUUAGCCGAGUGCACACUAAGUUCGCACAAAGGAGGCAAGUUUGUAAUUGAUUUAGGAGCCUGCUCAAACGGACGAACCACGCCGGAAAAUUCGGCUUCUCCUGUGUGUAGCCCGAGGGGUAGUGGCGAUCACGGUUAUGGAUUGUGGCCUAAUUGUUUGCACAGUGGGUUUGUAAUGUCGGCUAGCGUGGAAGGAGAAGGGAAGUGCAGUAAACUUGGCGUGGAAGUAGGUGUGCCGCACGUCAAUUGUACUGAAGAUGCAGCUGCUUUCGUGGCAUUAGCUGCUGCCGUUGAUUUGAGUAUGGAUGCUUGUAAGCUUUUCUCGCAGCGGCUAAGAAAAGAGCUCUGCCAAGAUCAGGAUAUGCUUGGUUGACAGGGGUGAUGAUUCUGGAAUUUUUUUUUUUUUUGGCGGGGGAGCGGGGCGCUUUUACGUUGUCGUUUUGUGAUAAUUAAUUUUUUUCAGGUGGAUGGAUUUUAAUAUUUUCCUGCUACCAAGUACAAACAAAUAACUGACUGUGUACAGGGAGCAAGAUUAGACAGGCACGCUUCGUUUUCAUUUGGGUGGCUCGUUUUUAUUUGUUUUUAAGAAAAAAACGAUAUGAAGGGGAUGUUUU